AUGCCGCCCAAAGUCCACAUCGUGCGCCACGCAGAAGGCUUUCAUAACUGCUCGAAAGGCGGCGAAGGCAUCCACGACCCAUUUCUCACUGAGAAAGGCCAAGAACAAUGCCGCGAACUAUGCUCCCAAUUCUCAGAGCACGACAAGAUCGAUCUCCUGAUGGCCAGUCCAAUGAAGCGCACUAUACAGACUUGUCAAACCUCCUUCGCGCCGGUGGUAGCUCGCGGACACAAGAUCUUGCUUAUGCCUCUCGCACAAGAAUCGUCAAACGAGCCAAUGGACACCGGGUCUUCUGAAGAACAGCUGAAGGACACUUUCGGCGAUCUCAUUGAUACAUCACGGCUCGAGCUUUUUCCAUAUUGGCACAGCAACAAGGGCCAGUUCGACACAGAUGGAGUGUCUCAGAUCGAGCGCGCGUUGCAUCUCAGGAACGUCCUCAAAGGUCGACCGGAGAAGAACAUUGUCCUAGUCACGCAUGGGUCCUUUGCGCACUUCGUAGCUGGCAAUGUGAAUGCAGAGGGGAAACAGAUGACGAGGAUGUGGUCAAAUGCGAAGUGUAGAACCUACAAGUUCGCCGAUGAUGAUGUUCAUGGCGAUGCUAGACUUGUAGAACUGCAGGAGUCAAUUGAUCGAAGACCUGAUCUUGAGAAGGAGGGCGAUGCUUUUGUCUGGUCGCUGGACAGUGUGAAGAGAGGGUCUGCGGGUAAUAUUCAUGCUACUGCUGGCGUUGUGGAGGCUGUGAAGUCUUGA